CCUAGCCCGAGCCGCCUGGGGGACUUGGCGUGGGGCACCUGACCCUUUCCUGCUGCUGGCGCCGUCCCUGCCCACCCCGCUUCCCGCAGUCAGGAGGGCGGCUUCUGCCGGCUCCAGGAUUUAUGGCCUGCAUUAUGUCCGGAGCCAGCAGUCAGCUCGCUCUCUUCCUCCUCGGCUGCUACGUGGCUGCCCGGGGCGUCCUCGCCGGGGAGCACCGCGCUGCUGACCACCACGAGGCUGGCUAUUACCUGGCUGCCGUGUACGAGCACCAGCCCAUCUUGAGUCCAGACCCUCUCGCGCUCACCAGUCGCAAGCAGGCCCUGGAGCUGAUGAACCAGAACCUGGACAUCUACGAGCAGCAAGUGAUGACGGCGGCCCACAAGGGCGUACAGAUCAUAGUGUUUCCGGAAGAUGGCAUUCAUGGGUUUAACUUCACGAGGACCUCCAUUUACCCAUUUCUGGACUUCAUGCCGGACCCCCAGGUGGUCAGGUGGAACCCAUGCCUGGAGCCCCAGCGCUACAACGACACGGAGGUCCUUCGGCGCCUGAGCUGCAUGGCCAUCCAGGGCCGGAUGUUCCUGGUGGCCAACCUCGGGACCAAGCAGCCGUGCGUGCGCGGCGACCCCGGCUGCCCGGCGGACGGGAGAUACCAGUUCAACACGGAUGUGGUGUUCAGCAGCCACGGCACCCUGGUCGCCCGCUACCGGAAGCACAACCUGUACUUCGAGGCAGCUUUCGACAGGCCCGCGGCGGCGGACCGCACGACCUUCGAGACCCCGUUCGCGGGCCGCUUCGGCGUCUUCACCUGCUUCGACAUCCUCUUCUUCGAGCCGGCCGUGCGGCUGCUCCUGGGCGCGCAGGUGAAGCACGUGGCCUACCCGACAGCCUGGAUGAACCAGCUCCCGCUCCUGGCCGCCAUCCAGAUCCAGAGAGCUUUCGCCACGGCCUUCGGCGUCAACGUGCUGGCGGCCAACAUCCACCAGCCGGCCCUGGGGAUGACGGGCAGCGGCAUCCACACCCCGCGCCAGUCCUGGUACCACCACGCCGCGGGUGACCCCGGCGGCCGCCUCCUCGUCGCCCGGGUGGCCGCCAGCCCGCAGGGGCUCGUCGGUGCGGACCCCGCGCCCCGCCAGCUUCUGCAAGCCCCGUGGGGCGAGCUGACCUGCGAGCGGGACCCCCGGGAGGGCCGCUGCGAGGGGGCCCCGACCUUCCACGCCGAGAUGAUGUACGACACUUUCACCCUGGUGCCCGCCCGCGAGGAGGCGGGCUACCUCCGAGUGUGCGCCCACGGCCUGUGCUGUCACCUGCUCUACGAGCGGCCCGCCCCGUCGCCCGAGCUGUACGCCCUGGGGGUCUUCGACGGCCUGCACACAGUGAACGGCGCCUACUACCUCCAGGUGUGCGCCCUGGUCAAGUGCGGGGGCUCGGAGCUCCACACGUGCGGCCAGGAGGUCACGGAGGCCUCGGGGAGCUUCGACUUCGACCUGUGGGGGAACUUCAGUACGGCCUACGUCUUCCCUCUGCUCCUGACCUCGGGGAUGCGCCUGGAGACCCCCGACCAGCUCGGCUGGGACCGGGGCCGCUAUUUCCUGAGGAAGAGACGGCUGUCUUCCGGGCUGGUGACAGCGGCCCUGUACGGCCGGUGGUACGAGAGGGACUAGGGAUGCGGGGCGCCCCUGGUGCGGACGGCCUGGUGGCGGGGCACCAGCGCUGCCUGGCGCCCGGGACCCUGGGGAGACGCGGAACACGCGGCUGCCCUCGUCCUCCUAGGUGUCGGUGAUGGAGACGUUUUCUGGCUUCUCCCGUGCACCUGCGUCUGCCCAACCACACCUUCCUGCAGCAGAUGGCUCAGUACGCAGUUGGCUUUAAGAACUAAAAUGGAAAUAAAUGUCAGUGUAUGUUUUA